AUGAGGAUAAAGUGGUCCAUGAACAUACUUGGAUUUGUCGCAUUUGUAUUAAUAUUAUUUAUAGUUCUAAUUUUUAAAUACAACCAAGAUGACUGCCAAUUUCAAAUUAAUAACCGAAGACUAACCAAAUAUUUACAGACACUAGAAAAUCUGAAGUUGGCCAAUGACAAAUUAAAUGCUGAAUUGGCCAUCUUGAAUGAAAAAAUAAGAAUCCAGCAAAGUAAAAAAGAAUUGAAGGACAUUGAACCAAUCACCCCAUCAAAAGACUACGAAGUUCUACGACGUCGUAUUUUUUCAAACACCAAAGAAUUUUGGUACUAUAUCAAUUCUGGAUUAGAAUCAUUAAAUAAAUCAAUAAAAAAUGUAGAACGUCUUCAUGAAAUUAAAAAUAUGGCCGGCGAACACUAUCGAUCUUUAUUAAAAGACGUUUCCGGUUUGGCUGAAGUCGACAACUAUUCGACGUGGAGACAACAAGAAUCUGAAAGUUUAAGUAAUUUAGUUCAAAACAGAUUUAAAAAAAUACAAAACCCGCCCAAUUUAUUCACAGCAAGACAGCUAGUUUGUACAUUUAAAAAGAAUUGUGGGUUCAAUUGUCAAUUACACCAUGUCGUAUAUUGUCUUAUCGUCGCAUACAAUACUCAAAGAAUGCUAGUUCUAGACUAUAAAAAUUGGACAUAUGGUGAAGCAUGGCAAGAUGUUUUCCUUCCAUUGAGUGACUCGAAUACUUUGUUAAAAAAUGUAUCAGUUGUUGAAUGGCCAGGCCAUCAAAACUCUCAAAUAAUUCAUUUACCCCCAAUUGAUUUAAUUCACCCAAAACCUUAUUUCUUGCCACAAGUGAUACCUAAUGACUUGGCUGAGCGGUUAACUGUCUUGCAUGGAGAUCCUAUUGUAUGGUGGAUAGGUCAGAUUCUUAAAUACUUGCUCCGACUGCAAGAAUCAACUAAUUAUAUUUUAAAUUAUUACGCAAAAAAACUCAAAUUCCAAAAACCGAUCGUUGGAUUGCACAUAAGGAGAACAGACAAACUCAUCAGUGAAACUAGUAUACACACGCUAGAUGAAUACAUGGUUCACGUUGAAGAUUAUUAUAAACGAAAAAAGCUGAGUGGUAAAGUUAAUCAGAAAAGAAUUUAUUUAGCUACAAAUGAGCCAACAUUGUUUGAUGAAGCCAAACGCAAUUAUCCCGAAUACGAAAUAGUUGGUUCCGAAGACAUAUCUAAAACAGCGACCAUGAAAAAUCAAAACUUUAAAAAAGUUUUAAAUGGUAGAAUUGUUGACAUACAUUUUUUAUCACUUAGCGACCACUUAGUUUGUACUUUCUCGUCACAGAUGUGUCGAAUAGCUUAUGAAAUAAUGAACAGUCUUCAUCCCGAUGCAUCAGCUCAGUACACAUCAUUAGAUGAUAUAUAUUAUUUUUAUGGUCAAGAUCAUAGGUUAAACGAAGCGGUAUUAUCCCAUAAGGCUAAUAAACUAUACAAAAUAGAUUUACAAGUAGGAGAUCAAAUCUUUGUGGAUAGUAAUCAUUGGAACGGUUAUUCAAAAGGCCAAAAUUUAAGAACGGGAUUAGUAGGACUUUAUCCUACAUAUAAAGUCAUUUCGAAAAUCGAAACAGCAACAAUUACAGAUAGCAAAAAUAAAAAGGAUGAAGUACGAAAGACUAGCUAA